AUGCCGCGAAUGGCGGCCCGGACCGUCGUUGUACUGGCGACGUUUUUGGCGCUCCGCAUGGUGGGGGGCGCCGCCGAUAAGGAGGGGAGCUGCUACGUGAACAACGAGCCUGGGGGACUCACCAUCAAGCACAGGGUUACAAAAGUGAAGUGCCCAACACAGUUUGCAUUCAUCGUGAACAUUUUGGAUCCAGUCGUCCAAACGCAUUCAUGCACAGGAGUCUUGAUCGACAGGAAGACAGUAGCUGUGCCAGCAUCAUGUGUGCAAACCAGGUCCCAUGGCAUUCGAAAGUUCCCCAUUGUCAGAGUGGGCUCCUACAAUCUGAACACUCACGAUGAACCUGGCAAGGAUGAGGAAUACACAAUCUCAACGAUACUCAUUCAUGAGAGUUACGAUGGCAAUCCCCAAAAUGGUGGCGACCUAGCCCUACUGGAGUUGAAAGAGCCACUGACAAACUGCACUCCCAUCUCAGAGGACUUCAUGGACAUUUCAAACUGCAAGCGAGGCAGUUUGAUUGGCGUUGGCUGGUUUGGACCAAAUACCCACCAAGGACCCCCACCUAAUCAGCUGGAAGUCCUACCUGGAAUGAGCUUCGUGGAUCGUGAAAAAUGCACCAGUCUUCUUGACGGAAUGCCACAGGGUGCCAUAUGUGCAUGCUCUGACCCAGCUGCCAACAUUGUCUGGGAUCACGGCUCGCUGCUGCUUUGCAAUGGCAGACACCUUGUAGGAUUGGCGUCAUACAUGCCAGAGACGAACGAGUACAACCCCUAUGUGUACACGCACAUGGCAGAGUACAAGCGUUGGAUUAAGGAGCGUGACCACAGAUCAUCGAAUGUACAUUUCAACUCUGAUGAUCGUGAACUGUGA